UGACACUCGCAGAGGAGGAGGUGACGGGGAUUAGAGCUGCUCCUUAUCAUUAAACGAUCACAUCAGAAAAAUGGGAAAUACGGACUCAAAGCUGAAUUUCAGGAAGGCAGUGAUACAGCUGACCACAAAAACACAGCCUGUUGAAGCCACAGAUGAUGUAUUUUGGGAUCAGUUUUGGGCUGACACCACCACCACUGUGCAGGAUGUGUUUGCCCUGGUGCCCGCUGCCGAGAUCCGAGCUGUCAGGGAAGAAUCGCCCUCCAAUCUGGCAACACUGUGCUACAAGGCUGUGGAGAAGCUGGUUCAGGGUGCCGAGUUGGGUUGUCCUACAGAAAAGGAGAAGCAAGUUGUGUUAAACUGUACCCGCAUGCUCUCUCGAAUCUUGCCUUACAUCUUUGAGGAUCAGGACUGGAGAGGGUUCUUCUGGUCCACCAUCCCUGGUGCUGGCAGAGCGGGGAUGGAUGAUGAAGAAGAUGAUGAUGAAGGAGCUCGUCCACUGGCUGAGUCUCUGUUACUGGCUCUGGCCGACCUGCUCUUCUGUCCAGACUUCACCGUUCACAGCCACAAGAAAGGACGGCUUGACUCGGUUGAGGACAUGCAGUCUUUGGACAGCUGUGAGUAUAUCUGGGAGGCCGGAGUGGGCUUUGCUCAGUCACCCCCCCUCAACUACAUCCAUGAUCUAAACAGGACUGAGCUGUUGAGGUUACUGCUCACCUGUUUCUCAGAGGUCAUGUACCUGCCUCCAACAUCGGAUAACAGCAUUCUCAACCCCUGGGUCACCUUCUUCUGUUCCACUGAAAACAGACAUGCCCUGCCUCUCUUCACCUCCCUGUUGAACGUGGUGUGUGCGUAUGACCCGGUGGGUUACGGGAUUCCCUACAACCACCUGCUCUUCUCUGACUACCGCGAGCAGCUGGUGGAGCAGGCUGUACAGAUCCUCAUCGUGACCCUGGAGCACGAGGGAGGACCGCCGUACCGCCCACCAUCCCCCUCCAGCAUGGAGGACCAGGAUUCCACUGGUCCAAAUAAUCUCUUUGUGAACUACUUGUCCAGAAUUCACAGGGAGGAGGAUUAUGACUUUGUCCUGAAAGGUUUGGCUCGCCUGCUGACAAACCCUCUGACUCAAACAUACCUGCCCAACUCAUCCAAAAAGAUCCAGUUUCACCAGGAACUGCUGGUCCUCUUCUGGAAACUCUGCGACUUCAACAAAAAGUUUCUGUUCUUCGUGCUGAAGAGCAGCGACGUGUUGGACAUAUUAGUGCCUAUACUGUAUUACCUGAACGACGCUCGAGCUGACCAGUCACGUGUGGGUCUCAUGCACAUCGGUGUCUUUAUUCUUCUGCUGCUGAGUGGAGAGAGGAACUUCGGGGUGCGUCUGAAUAAGCCGUACUCUCUUCACGUACCCAUGGACAUCCCUGUGUUCACAGGCACGCAUGCCGACCUGCUCAUUGUGGUUUUCCACAAGAUAAUAACCAGCGGUCAUCAGAGAUUACAGCCUCUUUAUGACUGUUUGCUCACUAUCGUGGUGAAUGUAUCUCCCUACCUGAAGAGUCUUUCCAUGGUGGCGGCCAACAAGCUCCUGCAUCUGCUUGAGGCUUUCUCUACCAACUGGUUCCUGUUUUCUGCACCUCAGAACCAUCAUCUGGUCUUCUUCUUGCUGGAGGCCUUCAAUAACAUCAUUCAGUACCAGUUUGAUGGUAACUGUAACUUGGUGUACGCCAUCAUCCGAAAGCGUAAUGUUUUCCAUCAGCUGGCCAACCUGCCGUCUGACCCCGUCUCCAUUCAGAAGGCCCUACAGAGGAAGAGGAAGUCUCCAGACGUCAUUUCUCGCACCAGCUCACAGGAGACCGUGUCCAUGGAGGGCUCGCGCCCGGCUGUGCCCGCUGAGCCGGGCACUCUGAAGGCCAGUCUGGUGGCCAUUCCAGACAUUGAUAAACUGACAGAGAAGUCCCAGGUUUCAGAGGACGGCACAAUGGUUGCAUUGCCCCAGAUAAAAUCCCCCCAAACCCCAGAGCCCAGCGGUGCAGCCGGAGCCAGCGACACUGAAUCCAUCUCAGGAAGAGACACUGAGGACGUCUUCUACACGGAGGCGGAGAUGGCGAGGAGUCGUCUGUCCAGCACAUCAUCCACUGUCAGCCACUGGAAUCCCAAACCUGACUGGGUGUUGUCCUGGAAGAGCAAACUUCCACUUCAGACCAUCAUGCGCUUGCUGCAGGUCCUGGUGCCACAGGUGGAAAAAAUCUGCAUUGACAAGGGUCUGACGGAUGAAUCUGAGAUCCUGAAGUUUCUACAGCAUGGAACUCUAGUGGGUUUGUUGCCUGUGCCUCACCCCAUUCUUAUCAGGAAAUAUCAGGCAAAUGCAGGAACUGCCAUGUGGUUUCGCACGUACAUGUGGGGAGUCAUCUACCUGCGUAAUGUGGAUCCACCCAUCUGGUAUGACACUGAUGUGCGUCUCUUUGAGAUUCAGAGGAUGUAAAAGGAGCCUCACUGGGAAGCCACAGGCUUCAUCUACUAUGUCAUUUUGCUUUAAGAUGUCCCACUUCUCUUGAGAAGAGGCAACAGAAACCCAUGAAAGCCUGUGAAACUCCAUGAGAAGUGCCUGUGCCUGACAGUGUGAAGCUGUUGGUGGUCUGUUUGCUCUGGCUGCUGUACAGAUGAUAAAGCGCCUAAAUAUAACCCUGUGCUCUGAUAGCAUAGUAUGUUCAGUAGCUUAAGCAAUCCGGACAUGUGCGUCUGUGUGUAAGAAAAAUCUCUCACUGUGGUUUUAUAUAGGAAUGGGAGUAUUGUGAAUAAUUUCUGGAAAGACCUCUGGUUGGAUUGAUAUCACCACAAGGGGGUGAUCUUGCUAUAUCUUUUUUUUUUUUUAUUUACCCAUGAGAACAUUCAUUGACAUAUUAGUCAUGUCAGAUAUGAGAAAUAAGUCAAUGAAAUUCAAAGGUUGAUUUUAAUGUAUUUCCCCAGUAUUCACAUACACUAUGAACUUGUAAAAAGAUUUAGUUUCCACAGUAUUAUAUAGCAACGGUUUGAUGGAAUAUCAAUAGCUCUAUUUUUGUUUGCAUAUCAAUUUGCUGAUGUGAGACUGUAAAUAUUCAGCUUGAUGCUUAAAGUAGAAUCACUGUAUCAAUAUGUGAUGAAUAUAAUUAUUUAAUGUCAUAAUUGUUAGCUCAUAGCUAUUGCCUUUCUGCAAACGUUAUGGCUCAAAGUGCCGAUGACUGUAACCAGAAUGUUCAUUUGUGACAGUAUUUAUAUGAAAGUCUGUUAAAGACAAGAAUAGAUUGUGGUUAUAUGUGUAUUUUAAUAUGUGUAUCUAAGUUUGUGUGCUUGUGUAUAUGUACUAAACUCCUAAUUGAAUCAUUGGUUUAUGAAGAAUUUCAUGCUUCUCAAUGUAUCUGCUUCAUUCUUAAUAAG